AAGCUUAGUCAACCGGAUGUUCUCUAGGUUGAGCCCAAUCGAGGUCCUUCAUCUUGAAGCUGUGUUUGCGGCAUUUUGUUGUUCACGUGUAGCUGAAGUUUUAUGGUAAAUUAAGAAAAGUUACUGUAUAUUUUGGUUUUAAAAGUGAUAUUAAGUUAUUUGAAGUUGGUGUGCUCUAUUUGAACUGUUUCGAUGAUGUCACCUCAAACAAAUGGCGUUGGACCCGGUCGUUCUGACGACAGAAAAUUGUUUGUUGGCGGCUUAGGACGCAUAACCGAAAAGGAACUGAAGGACUAUUUUGGAAAAUAUGGUGAGAUUGAAAACGUUUCCAUCAAAACAGAUGUGUUCACAGGUCAGUCAAGAGGGUUUGCAUUUAUUCUCUUUAAAAACUCUAAAACCCUUGAUGAUUUAUUGGCUGCAGGUGAUCAUUAUAUAGGAAACAAAAAGGUUGAUCCUAAAAGGGUAACUGUUAAUCCAUUGUACUGUAAAGUGUUUGUUGGAGGUUUGACACCUGAGAUCUCAGACCAAGAUCUCAAAGAUUAUUUUGGUCAAUAUGGAGAAAUCGCAGAGUUGCAAGCACCUUUUGACAAAAUUAAGAAUCAGAGAAAGGGAUUUUGCUUUAUAACAUUCAAAUCAACAGAAGUAGUGCAAGAGGUCCUGAAAAUUCCCAAGCAAGUAAUAAAUGGCAAAGAAGUUGAUGUCAAGAAAGUCAAAUACAAUCCAGAAACAAUGGGUUCGGGAGGCCGAGGAGGAAGAGGUGGUAUGUUUGGAGGACGAGGCAUGCCUGGAUAUGGAGCACCACCUGGUUAUGGACCUGGAUAUGGUGCUGGUUAUGGAGACUACAGUGGAUAUGACAAUUAUGGUAUGUAUAGUGGUUACGGUUAUAAUGCUGGAGGUUACGGAGAUGGAUACAAUUACACGCAACCUAACUAUGGAGGUGGCAAGUUCAGGGAAAACCAAUAUCAACGACACCAUCCCUACUGAAGAAUGUCAGUGUUGUGAAUUUUGCAAAUUAUGACAUGUAUAAACAGUUAAUUGGUAUUAAUUGUUAGGCUAUUUAACCUAUUAACUUUUGUCCACCUUCAAUUUUGUCUAAUCUCAACAUUGCGUUAAUGCAAUGUUAAUUUGGCCAUGGUCUACUGCUGACUUUUUCUUUGAUUUAUUUCUGUAAUUGGCAUAAAUUUGUCAAAUUAAUUUUGUAAUAGCUUUUGAUUCAUCUAAGUUUGUAUAUCUUUUAAGAAGUGGUAGUUUAUAGGUGUUUGUGAUGUACUGUACUGUAUUUCCUUUCAUUUAUAACGUGAGUGUUUUAUGUAAAUAUAGAAGACAGAAUUUGGUUUUUAAAAUGUGAUAGAGCCAAUAUUCAAAUUAUUGUUCAAAUCAAAUUUGACUUAAUUAAAGCUUUGCAGGCCUAAUGAGUUUUGUCAAGGUUUGAAUAAUUUAUUGAUGUUGAAUCUUAGGUGUUAUGUUGCAGUUAACCUAUGUGAUAAAUCUAGUUUAGCCUAAAGUCUUCUAAAUUUUUGUUCGUUCUUAAAAUGUUUUUCAGAUGUCGAAGUAGUCAUGUUUUCUUGAAUCGAUUCAAUGCAGACGAUAUCCAAUGGGCCAUAUAGUGAAGAUAGUUACGUAAGUCAUUAUAGCCUAAGUGCCGCCCAUCUAUGAUCGUUAACUAAAGUCAAUAAUACUGUAGGCUGUUAUUUCGUCCCUAACAAAGUGAUUUAAAGUCAUUUUGACAUUUCAUUUUCCUACGAGGUAGCUUAUGGCAAGUUAAGCUCAAUAUAAAAUAUGAAUAAUUAAUUGAGGUAUGGUUUAAUUUACAUAGACUAUAGAUUAAAUAGAUUUUCUAUUUUGUUUAAAAACAGCAAAUUAACAAGCAGGUACUGGUAAAUACAGUAUGAAGAAAGUUUUUGAUGUUUUAUUUAUUGUUAUUAAUAUUGGGCACUUAUUAUCCUAUAUAAUAGAAUUAAUGUAAUUUAUUGAAAACAUUUUAAAUUGAAUGUGGUAGUUAAACUAAUGAUUUUUCAGCCAAAACUGUAGGUAAGCCUAGAUGUUUUAAAAACUAUGAGUUUUAUCUUAUUAACUCAUUUGAUCUCCAAGACACAGGUUACACUGCCCAGAUACUGCCUUCUAUAUGAAAUAAAAGAUUGAUUAGAGAAUAUGUUUUGUAGCACAUUCUAAUUGAAAAUUGUUUUGCUAUAAGAGGAUUAAAUAAUUAUCUUAUUGUUCUGAGAAGAUGUUUAGGAAUGAAUGAAUGAUAUUAUACUAAUAAACUGUAUAAUGUAAUGUAUGGUAAAUGUUCGGUUUUUACCUAAAUAUUUUGUACAAAAGUAACUAGAUCUAGGCUAUUAUAGAAAAAUAGAAAUUUGUUUCUUACUAUAGAAGCUUAAAAGCUUGUAGUAAGGAGGAAGUUAACUGACUAAAUUUUUGUAUGUAACAUGUCUGUUACCUGUAUUUAUUAUCAGUCAUGUUUUUCAAUAGUACAGUUAUUUUUAUAUUCGAUAAGGACAGUAUUUAUCUCUUUAUUUAAUAGGGCAGCCUAUUUCAUUAGCUAAGUAUUUUCACUUUUAAUAUUUUGUUUUAAGGUUUUCUUUUUUUUGACAGUUUCAGUAAGUUCUGCAGUGUAUUGUUUAUUAGCCAAUAAAGCCAGCUAUAAUUUAUGUACCAGUUAAGGAUUGUUUUAGUUCAGGAUAAACUUUGUUAAUUUUGUUUUUUACACAUUUAGGUUAUAGUUUUACAAACUCUUACCUUUGUUAUUUAAUUGCACAGUUUUGAAGUGAGAAUAUUUGGUAAUAUGCAUAUAUUUUAACUUAUUUUUCCGAUUAAAAAUUUAUCAAAGGUAAUUAUUACAGCCCUUGAGAUUUGUGUAGGGCAAACAUUCCAAUGGUAUUUAAUUUCAGUUGAAUUUUAUUAAACUAUAAAGGUGUUUUGUAAUAGGCCUAGGCCCAAAUACAACACACAAAAUUGUAGGCCUUGUCAGAUUUUCUAUCAAAAGUUAAGUGUAAGGUAAACAUUGGCUUAAACUAAAGAUUAGUAGGCUAUAAACCUAAUGUUUAUUGUAUUUAAUUUAACAUAUUAUUGACUUCAAAAUCAGAUGUACCGUACAGUGAAAAUUUAGUCUUGUCCAUCCUAUUUUUAUAAUAUAAAAAUUCUUUAAAACCUGA